GGAGCAUACGCACAUGCCGACUGGUCACCAUGUUCGUGCUCGCUCACGGGGCACGGGUACUCGCCACGGUGUAGGAAUUGCUGCGGGGAGGUACAGAGGAGGAGCUGGUGGUCUUCGCCCUACCCGGUAACCAUAGUUUCAAAUAGCCGGCUAUAGCGUGGCUAUAGCCUCGCUAUAGCUGUUUGAGCAUGUUGCCGCUAAAUGAAAUCAUGUACAAAUUAGCCGCUAUAGCCUCAUUUAACCCGCUAUAGCCUGAUUUAGAGGGCUGCCGCUAUUUUUCAUAGCCCGUUAUUUAAAACUAUGCCGGUAACCCUUUAACCGCCACCCCUAGAGAUUUGGCACCAGUACUAGCCAGUGCAUCCCGAGAACCCGUACCGAUCCCUCGCCUAUGCCGCUACCCCUGCAGUGAACUCCUGCUCUGAGCCGGUUCCCGGCCUCCGCUCCUACUCGCAACUCUCCCACUAGGAGGUGCGCAUGACGGUGGCUUGGUUCCCCUCUCAGCGGCGGCUUCUUGAGGAGAUGGGGCGCCAACCGGAGUUGCUGGAUGUCGACCCGCUACAUUGGACAGCCUGCUGGCCGUGAUAGAAAAAGAGGUUGAUUUCUAAAUCUGGUGUUGCCAGUGUUACUUCUGAAGUCUGACAUUGCAGAUUACAUUGUUUUGGGUAUUUCUUGUGCUUCUGGCUUCCUCCCGUCAAGAUGAAAGGUUGCAGUGUGGAAAGACCCUACUCUUUUCAUGGUGGUGUUUGGCUAAGCUCGAGGAACAAAGGGAACUAGGCACGCUAUGCAUUUGGGCGACACUGAGGUGAGGUGCCAGCCACACACAUAGUUUAAGCACAUGAGGUGAGAGGUGAGAUGAAUUCUUAGAUUUCUUAAUAUUACAACUGAAAUUAUUGAGCUGGUUUCAUAUCCCAUAUUUAGGCCACUUUUCUAUAACUGAGCAGCUGAGAACUACUUUCACUUCAAUUCCAAUGAUCUAAUUUUAAAUUGGCAAAAACCAUUUCAGCGUUCAUGUUCAGUAUUGUCAUCGUAAAGGUAGAACUGUUAGAGUACGUCACGGGCCUGGGCCCGUUAGUCUUAUGGUUUGCUUAGGGGUCAAGUAAGCCUUGCUUGGGAGUCAAGUAAACCUCUCUAUAUAUGGAGAGGAGAUGCAUCAAUCUAAUCAAGCAAGAAUUAAGAAGGACAUCCCUUCCCUCUUGCCACCGGCCGUGGGCAAGACCCCCGGCCGGCAUUCUCGCGCCCUCGCAACCCUCUCUCUCCCUCCCAAACCCUAGUAGCCACAUAACACUUGGUAUCAGCUUUCCCGGGUUCGAUCAUGUCCAGCCCACCACCGUGUUCUUCCCACCCGCCGCCGCCACACUCCGAUGUCCCUACCGUUCUCUCCCCGGCGGAGAUCACCGCAGCCCUCCGCGAUCUCACCACCGCGGUCCGGGAGAUCCACCUCUACUUAGCUGGCCCCUACGGGCCGCCGCUGGCCGCGCCACCAGCCGCCACCACCGGGCCACUACUCCUGCCGUGGCAGCCGCCGCAUCUAGCGGUCUCCGCCGCGGUCGCCGCCACCACCCCGCCCUGGUUGGCGUGGCCGUCCCAGCCCCUCAUGGGCCCCGUCGCGGUCGUGGCCUCGCUGUAGCAGCCGAGGCUGCUGCUGUCGUCGCCUCCACCCGACGCUGGGCUGCUGCAGUCCCCGCUGCCGCUGUCCACCAUCUCCGGGCCGGGCCCUACCUCGGCGCCGGGGGUUCCUCUUCUCCAGCAGCCGACCGCCUUCUUCCCCACCGGGACGCUGCAGCAGCACCAGCAGCAGCUGCCGCCGCCACCAACGCUGCCGCUGCAGCUGUUGUCCUCACCGACGCUGUCAUUGCCGUUCGGUGGGCAGCUGCAACAGCAGCAGCUGCUGCUGCCGCCACCGACGCCGUCUCUGCCUUUCGGCGGUGUGGGAGCGACCUUGGCCCCAGGCUCUACAUCGACACCGCCCGGGAUGCCCUUCCACCAGGUCCGUUUCCCUUCGUCGCCGUCACCGCUUCCGGCUUGGAUCGCUAUCCGCCACGUGUCGGCGGCGGUGAGGCUGCAGGCUGCUGCGCGCGGCCUCCUAGCGCGUCGGCGUGUGCGGGAGAUGCGUGAUCUACAGCUGCAGCUCCUCCAAGUUGCGUUUCGUUGCGCAACGGACCUCGAUCUCGUCCGCUGCGUCGGGGAUCUUGGGCGUGCGGUUUCCCCCACGGGCGGCGGACAUGUUGUUUUUCCCGCGGGCAGCGACCUCAAAGUCUGCGCCAUCGACAGUCAUCCGGCGGGGAGAAGGCAUGGUGUCACCGACAGGAGCGCACCGCGUAGCACCACUGCAUUCCGCCGCCGGCCGCCACGCGGGCUCCUUUUGUCCCGCUGGUUUCCAUGGGAUCCAGGUGGCUGUACAAGUGCACGUCCGACAGGCGGAUGGUGUCCACUUUAUGUUCAGGGGUCAACAAUAAAGCGUCCUAGUCCAUUUCAGGUUGAGAGUAAUAAAACAAGCCGAGGUGUAAAAGGCUUGUUUUUAGGCGUCGAGUCAUGGUUUGCUUAGGUUGCAGCUCAAGGACGAGCUGCAUGUCUAGGUGGGGUGUAGUGUUAGAGUACGUCACGGGCCUGGGCCCGUUAGUCUUAUGGUUUGCUUAGGGGUCAAGUAAGCCUUGCUUGGGAGUCAAGUAAACCUCUCUAUAUAUGGAGAGGAGAUGCAUCAAUCUAAUCAAGCAAGAAUUAAGAAGGACAUCCCUUCCCUCUUGCCCGGCCGUGGGCAAAAGGCCCCCGGCCGGCCUUCUCGCGCCCUCGCAGCUCUCUCUCUCCCUCCCAAACCCUAGCAGCCCCAUAACAAGAACUAUACCUCAUUUUAACUUCCCAUUAUCAAAAAGAAUAAUAUUACUGAUUUUUUACACAUAUUCCUCAGAAAUAGCCUAGACAUGUUCACCAUGAUAUGCCAUAUUAAAAUAUGAGACUGUACUUAUUUUUUCCAUUUGCAUGCGAUCCAGGGUGAGCAUCGGUCAUCGAUGCCCACCAUUCUGUAUAUGCGCAUUCUGCAGACUAGCAAGAUCACUCAACGUAGUACUGUACUGGCAUAUGCAUCGUUCUUGGCUGACUUUAUUCUCUUAAAAUCUCGACCAUGCCAUGUUGUACAUUAUAUGUGCAAUCUUUAGUUGUGUUUUAUUUACCUGACACUAACCAUACAAUCAUCAUUUGCUAACAUUAUAUUGUUCCCUGACUUCAUCCAGAAUAGCCUACAAUGGUUUUCCGUAUUAUACAAAAUCAUGACUCUUCGGUAGAAACAAAUAAAACAAGAGAAGAUGCCAGACACUGAAUAUGGAGGCAUCUUCCCUGAAGAUGUGUUGAAAAUAAAUACAUCAUUGGUUACUUCCGUCUUUCUAUGUGUAGUUUUUAUAUGUCGUUGUAAUUCUCAGUGUACAGUUUGUCCCAUGACGUCUUUUUUCAUUACAAACAUUUUUUAAGGUUUCCCACCUUAGUUUCUUUUGCUGAGUGGAUGCCUGGAUGGUUGCAAUAAGAUUGUUCGGCAGGUGCCUCCGCGUCCAUCACAGAAAUUGAUGAUGAUCCAAGCAUUAAGAAAGUUGUUGGCGUGCUACUUAGAGCUGUCGGAUCAGCAAUACUGGCUGAAGUGAAAACCCACACUUGUACUUGCU